AUGGUCCGAUGCCGCGGGAGGAGUCCUAGCGAACAUCCACAGCAUGGGCAUGAGCAGCAGCAACAGUGCCAGGAGCAGGAGGAGGAGCAGGCCGGGAACCCCGAGGACAUCCCCACGGCCGAAGGAAGGACCAACAAAGACUAUCACUACAGACACAGGCACUGCUCCCGGAGGCGACGGUACAGGGUCCACCGGAGGCGGCGACACUCCUGCCGGAGGCGCCGCAGAAGGGCCUGCAGGCACAGGAGACAUCACCGAGGCUCCAGAAGGGUCAGGAGGAGGAGAUACAGGAGGUGCCACUAA